GCAUGUUCUUAAAUGCAAAAAGGAAAACAGAACUGAGUGGUGCCACUAGUGACUGAAUUCAGUUCCCUUGGAUCUCCAAGCCAUUGUAUUUCAAGUUUAGCUGAAUUGGUGUUGGGCUGACUGGCUAAAAGAACCCUAAAAGUAAUUUUAUUCGGAUGCCAUUUCAAAGAACCAGCGCUGAGGACAAGAUCUUUUAAGCUUCAACCUCCGCUAAAUAAAAGUUCUGAUUCUUGGGGAGAAGUUUACGUGGGGCGGAUUGCUGGGGCAGUGGAUGAGGAGAACACGAUGAAACGUAACGACUUGCAACGCCACCUCCCUUCAGAAGAGAAGGGUGUAAGUAUUAUCAACAUUAAAGCUAUUGACGAGCUCGGAUAUCUCCAGGCUGGCUCUACUAUUUUGAAUUCCUUAACCCCAGAUCAGGAUGCUGCAUGCAAAUACGGACUAUAUUUUAGAGAUGGCCAAAGGAAGGUGGAUUAUGUUCUUGCUUAUCAUUAUAAGAAAUCUGUAUUGUGGAGGAAGCAUUCAAUACAUUCUAUAAAUGGCUCCAGUCAAUCACUGACAGAGAACAACCAUACGUCUAAUCAUACUUCUGACCCUGAACUGGGAGAGAGUGAGGUACAAAUGGACUAUGUUGAAGAUGACAAGAAAUGUCGCAGAGAAGAAUUUGAAAGCAAUCUGAAAGAAUCAGGCCUCGAGCUGGAGAGAGACGAGGAAGCAAAAUCACAGGGUGUUGGGUAUGUGAAAAUACAUGCACCUUGGCACGUUCUUUGCAGAGAGGCUGAAUUUAUGAAAUUAAAGAUGCCCACCAAAAAGGUAUAUGAAAUUAAAGAAUCCCAUGGUAUUCUUCAAAAACUUAAUACAAUUAUGCACAAAAUUACUGGCCCAAUUCACCCGAAGGUGGAAGAGCCAACUAACAGCAAAAUGAAGAAUCUUUCAUACCCCUUUUCCAGAGAUCGGCAGCACCUAUUUGACUUCUCAGACAAAGACGGCUUUUUUGAUAGCAAAACUAGAAGCACAAUCGUCUUUGAAAUCUUGAAACGAACCAAAUGUACCAAAGCCAAAUAUAGCAUGGGGAUUACCAAUCUUCUAGCCAAUGCAGUGUACAGUGCAGCAUACCCCCUGCAUGACGGUGAUUAUGAAGGUGAAAAUGCCGAACCUAAUGACAGAAAACUGCUGUAUGAAGAAUGGGCCAGCUAUAGUGUGUUUUACAAAUUCCAGCCAAUUGAUUUAGUCAGAAAAUAUUUUGGAGAAAAGAUUGGCUUAUACUUUGCAUGGCUGGGCAUUUAUACCCAAAUGCUCAUUCCAGCUUCUGUUGUGGGGAUUAUAGUGUUCUUGUAUGGAUGUGCAACCGUAGAUGAAGAUAUACCAAGCAUGGAAAUGUGUGACCAAAGGCAAAACAUUACCAUGUGCCCCCUGUGUGACAAAACCUGCAACUAUUGGAAGUUGAGCACAACUUGUGCCACGGCACGUGCAAGCCAUCUCUUUGACAACCCUGCUACAGUCUUCUUCUCUGUUUUCAUGGCACUUUGGGCUGCCAUGUUUAUGGAACACUGGAAAAGGAGGCAGAUGAGACUCAACUAUAGAUGGGAUCUAACUGGUUUUAACGAUGAUGAGGAGGCACUCAAGGCUCAUCCAAGACCUGAUUAUGAGGCCAAAGUUUUACAAAAAACACUUAAAAAUGAAAAGAAGAAUAAACCGAAUCAGAAGGCACAAGAGUUGGCGGAAGAGACAACAAACAAAUGGCGACAAAGAGUUACAACUGCCAUGUCUGGGGCGAAAUUGACUGAUCAUGAAAAAUUAACCUGGAAGGAUCGUAUUCCAGCCUAUAUAACAAAUGUUGUUGGGAUCCUUUUUAUGAUUGGCCUGACAUUUGCUAUAGUACUGGGUGUGAUUAUCUACCGAAUAUCCACAGCAGCGGCUCUGGCAAUGAGUUCUAAUCCAUCUGCUAAAGCCAACGUCAGAGUCACUGUCACUGCCACAGCAGUCAUCAUUAAUCUAGUGGUCAUCCUUAUCCUAGAUGAAGUCUACGGUUCCAUAGCUAGAUGGUUAACGCAGAUCGAGGUCCCAAAAACAGACAGGACAUUUGAAGAAAGACUCAUCUUCAAAGCCUUCCUUCUGAAAUUUGUGAAUGCAUACACACCAAUAUUUUAUGUUGCUUUCAUCAAGGGCCGGUUUGUUGGCCGUCCGGGAGACUAUGUGUAUUUAUUUCACUAUUUCAGAAUGGAGGAGUGUGCUCCAGGUGGUUGUUUAAUGGAACUCUGCAUUCAACUCAGUAUUAUAAUGUUGGGCAAACAGCUAAUUCAGAACAACUUGUUCGAAAUUGGUAUCCCGAAAAUGAAAAAACUAAUAAGAUACUUAAAGUCCAACAGAGCUUCAGAGGAUGAAGAACAUGCAAAGCAAAAACAACGUUAUGAAGUGGAUUUCAACUUGGAAACCUUUGUUGGCUUGACUCCAGAAUACAUGGAAAUGAUUAUCCAAUUUGGCUUUGUCACUUUGUUUGUGGCAUCAUUCCCACUGGCUCCUGUGUUUGCUUUGCUGAAUAACAUCAUUGAAAUUCGCCUGGAUGCAAAAAAAUUCAUUACAGAACUUAGAAGACCUGUGGCUGUAAGAGCAAAAGAUAUUGGUAUAUGGUACAACAUACUCAGUGCUGUGGGAAAGCUGGCCGUCAUCAUUAAUGCAUUUGUAAUCUCUUUUACAUCGGAUUUCAUUCCACGGCUUGUGUACCUGUAUAUGUAUAGCCCUGAUGGGACAAUGCAUGGCUUUAUCAACAAUACCUUGUCCUACUUCAACGUCACUGACUUCAAGAAUGGGACAGCACCCACCGAACCCUCAGAUUUUGGCCAUGCUGUUGAAAUUUGCAGCUACAAAGACUACAGAGACCCCCCCUGGUCAGAAAAUAGAUAUGAUGUUUCCAAAGAGUAUUGGGCUGUACUGGCAGCUAGAUUAGCAUUUGUUAUAAUCUUCCAGAACUUGGUGUUGCUGAUGAGUGAAUUUGUGGACUGGAUUAUCCCGGACAUUCCUAAGGAAAUUAGUGAACAAAUCCACAGAGAGAAAGUUCUUAUGGUGGAACUCUUUAUGAAGGAAGAGAAAGGAAAACUACAGCUGUUGGAGAGCAUGACAUUGAGAGAGCGAGACAAGAAGAAAAGUGAGAACUGUAACGACCACAGUCCCCAACUACACCGCAGUUACAGCGGAAGUACCGCUUCCUGCCAUUCUCAUCACAUGGAUCUUUAGGGGAACUGGCCAUUUGAGGAGGAAGCGAUUGUUAUGCCUGGGCAUUCCAUAUCAAAUGACAGGAAUGAAAAAAAAAAAAAACUUGUUGGACAAGAUGUGACUAGUGUCCGCCCCGGUGCUCAUCACUUGGCCGUUUACUGCCAUUUGGAUUCCAUGAUUGCCAGAAGUGCUGUUCUAACAAAUGUGGAGGACCACUUUCAAAAUGCAUUUUUUUCAUUUUGCACAAAUACAUAAUGCAGGGAAUUCAUUUGUUAUUCUUGGCAACAAAGAAGAAGACAUUUGCUGGAAAAUUUCAGAUAGCUGCACCAAACUUGUUGUGAUAUGACUGUGUGUAAGGAAACUGAUUUUAAUUUAUUAAUAUUGUUAUAGAAAUAAAUGAUUAUCAGGUUGAGGUAAAGGUGAUACAGUAUACUUUCUGUAGCCUGUUUUAUUGCCAUAAGCAACUGCAAAUGCAUUUGUUGACUUUAACUGUUACAUGACCUCUACCAAGAAAAAGUUCUAGAGCACAUUUAAAAUCCAGCUACUUUUCAAAAGGACUAGUUCCAGAUUAAUUUCCAAUCUGGACUUACAAAAUGACAUUGCACAUUUCAUUACUGCCUUUUCAUGGCUUUUUAAAAGGAUUAGCUACAGAUUAAUUUCCACCCAGACUUAUAAAAUAUUUAUGACGUUGCACAAUUUAUUAUUGCCUUUUUCAUGGUAUCCCAUGCAGAGGGGAGAAACUGCUCAAAGAGAUUGUUUGGACAGCAAUGAUCCUGUAUGAAGGAUAAAAGUAGGUAACACUUUUUGUACAAAAUGUAUGCCACUGUUCAAAUUCUAUAAGCCAGUUUCAUAUGGGCUAUUUUGCCCAUUUCAUUUCCUAGUAAAUGAAUGCUGCUUAGAAGGUUAUCUCAGUUCUAUCACUGUGGUUUACAGAAACAAAAAAUGAAAAUAUUUUAUUGUAAGAUAUAGCUUUUGCCAAAGUAAUUCAAUUAUCUUAUCUAUGCAUGGUAAGAAGAGAAAGGAUGAAAUGACAUUUUAUUCUGUUUUAAAUGAUUGUUCUCAUUUCUUUCAAGACAAUGCUUUCUAAGUUUUGCAAUACUGUAAAUUACUGCUGUACAUUUUACAUUAAUGAAUGUACUGUUCAACAGACGUAUAGAAAUGCAUCCCCCCCCCCGCCUGACCAUUUCUUUCCACCAAGAUAUUUGUUUGUUGCAUGCAUUUUUGAACACUGUUACUGUUUGUUUCUACAGUCUGUGGCUGGAAUAUAUUUCUGUAUGUUUUGCCAUGUUUCACUCAAGAAGCACCUACUUAAUUGUCUGUUGAGUUAUUUACCCAGAUCUACUAACAUAUUAGUUGAGUUAUUUACCCAACUCCACUAUCAUGUUGGUUGAGUUACUUACUCAAAGCUACUAAAAUGUUAGUUGAGUUAUUUAACCAGCCCUGCUGUUAAUAUAUCAUUGCACCUCUGGACACAUUUACUUACUCCAGUGAAUUAUAUAAGUGAGCAGCAAUACCUAACAGGACAGACAGUUCUGCAUUUUUCAGAGUCUGAAUGAGGAGAGUUUUACUGCCUCCAGUGGAGGUCAGUAUUCCAUUUUUUCCUUCCCUUGUAUGAUUAUUGCACUUUGAACAUAGCACUGAGAAACAAAAUACAUUUCUUUUUAAAUGGCCGAAUAAUAAAUCUAUUUAAGGUCUGGAUCAGA